CCUGGGCUCUCAGCUCGGUCUAGUCCCGCAGGUGUUUUCUCCCGAGGCCAUGGACUCCUCCGCAGGGCCUGGGGUGCUUUUGCCCGAAUACUGCAGCGUGGCCACAACCCUGAAGGUCCCUGCCUGGGCCGGCACUGCUCCUACCUGGGACCUCUCCUUCGCCUGGCCUCUCGUCUCCCAAGCACCCUGGCUCACCCCGCAGAGCCCCCUCACCAGAUAUGCAUCUUAUGACCCGUGUCUCCACAUUGCUGACCCAGCAUGGCAGGGGCCUGGCUGGCUGAGAAGAGGUGGAGAUGCUGCAGACGCAUGGGUCCUGGCAAGAAGGGAAGCAGAUGGCUUUUAUUACAGGGCUCAGAUAAAGGCUGCUCCCGAGCUGGAGAGGCAGGGGGUCCUGCUGGUGAAAUUUGAGGUUCCCCUUGUCACAUGCCCAGGGCUGCCAGCCCAGCGGCAGUGCGUGGUCUUGGAGGAAGAUGUCAUUCAGUUCUCGCCGUCCGUGGAAUACUCACUGCGACUUGGGGACAAGGUGCUGGCACUCUGGGGACCAGACCAGCAGCACCAUGGCCCCGGCACCGUUCCUUUGGGCCUGGAGGCAAGAGACCCCCAGAGAGCAUCCAAAGAAGAAGAAAUUACUGUUCACUUCUGGAAUGGCAUGACAGCUCCUGUGCCUCUUGGAGGGGUCGGGUGGGUGCCUCCAGCCGUCUGGAAGAAGGCUGUGGACAGGCUGCACAAGGCUUUCACCGUGGAGCACCCCAGGCCCCUCCUCUGGGCCCCUUGCUGCCCUCUGGUGGGGCUGGUUGCUGGAUGUGUCACCGGCGGGCUUCCUCUGAGCACUGCGUUCCUGUGCCCUCCCUGCCACCCGCAUGCCUGCUGUCAGCUGCUGAGCCAGGGCUGCCUCUGCUGCCCCUUGGCUGGACCCACCUGGUGGCCUCUAACCAGAAUCUCAGGGGUCACAGCCAGAGAGCGUCCAGAGGCGGAGCUGAAGCCCACGGCACAGCUUUUGCCCCUUGAGGAUCCUAAGGAGGAAGAAGUAGCAGUGCAGGCUCCCAUGGCUCUUUCUUCUGAAGAAGAGGAUCUGGAGAAUGAGCUGGAGAUGGGCCUUCCCCAGAGGCUGCUGGUGGACAGCAUGGGCAACACGGCCCCCAACCUUCUUGAGGAGUCUCCAAGAAGGCAGGGUGGUCUCUGCCAGCCGGAAUGGAGGUACUGGAGGAGAAGCGGGUCCGAGCCACAUCCCAGGAAGCCAGGGACAAGACUUUGCAACAUCGGGAAAGAAGAGAAGGGCAACAAACAACAGACAGUGAAACCUGCAGCAGUGGGGAGUCCCAGGGAGCUGGUCCUGGAAGCCGCUGGCAUGACGCCACUACAGAUCCUGCCAGAGGAAGCUGAACACAGAAAACUGAGUCGGGGUACUGCGGCACAUCAGGGAGACCAGAAUUCCCCCUAAACUAAAAGCCCCAAGGUUCUAGGUAAAGCAGAUGGCUGGGAAGGGGCUUCUGAAGGACUCCUUCCAUGGUUCUUUGACCUUUGGGGGUCAUACCACUUUUGAGAAUGAUAAAACCUAUGGCCCCUCUUCCCAGA